AUGGCUCGCUUUGAAGACGAACUGUCCAACCGAUAUGGAGGCAACUGUCCCGCGGGCCCGGCCAGAGGGGCCAUCCGACAGCCGGGGCCUCCGGGGGUCCAAAGGAUGUACAAGCAGACGAUGGCCCAGAGAGCCAGGACCAUGGCCAUUUACAACCCCAUCCCAGUCAAACAGAACUGUCUCACCGUUAACCGCUCUCUCUUCAUCUUCAGUGAGGAUAAUAUCAUACGGAAAUAUGCCAAAAAGAUCACAGAAUGGCCUCCAUUUGAGUACAUGAUCCUGACCACCAUCAUAGCAAACUGCAUCGUCCUGGCUUUGGAGCAACACCUACCAGAAUUAGACAAAACCCCGAUGUCAGAGCGUUUGGACGACACAGAGCCCUACUUUAUUGGAAUAUUUUGUUUCGAGGCUGGCAUCAAGAUCAUCGCCCUGGGCUUUGCCUUUCACAAAGGCUCCUACCUGCGUACUGGAUGGAAUAUAAUGGACUUUGUGGUGGUCCUAACAGGGAUCUUAGCCACUGUGGGGGCUGAUUUUGACCUGAGAACACUAAGGGCGGUGAGAGUGCUGCGGCCGCUGAAGCUGGUCUCUGGCAUUCCCAGUCUUCAGGUGGUGUUAAAGUCCAUCAUGAAAGCCAUGGUACCUCUUCUGCAAAUCGGCCUGCUGCUCUUUUUCGCCAUCCUCAUGUUCGCCAUCAUCGGCCUCGACUUUUACAUGGGCAAGUUCCACCGCACCUGCUUCAAGACAGACACGGGUGAACAGGCAGAAGAGUUCCCCUGUGGUAUGGAGGCUCCGGCGAGGACCUGCGGCAACGGCACCGUUUGUAAAGAAUACUGGACCGGACCUAACUUUGGCAUCACCAACUUUGACAACAUCCUGUUUGCUGUUCUCACCGUUUUCCAGUGCAUCACCAUGGAGGGAUGGGUGGAGAUCCUCUACAACGCCAACGAUGCCUCAGGGAACACGUGGAACUGGCUGUACUUCAUCCCCCUCAUCAUCAUUGGUUCCUUCUUUAUGCUCAACCUGGUGCUGGGUGUGCUGUCAGGGGAGUUUGCCAAGGAGAGAGAGCGGGUGGAGAAGAGGCAGGAAUUCCUGAAGCUCCGCAGACAGCAGCAGAUAGAGAGAGAGUUGACUGGUUACCUGGAGUGGAUCUGCAAAGCAGAGGAGGUGAUGCUGGCUGAGGAGGACAAGCAUGCAGAGGAGAAGUCUCUGGAUGGGGCGUGGUACAAAAGGAAACAGCACAACUCUGGUGAGGACUCAAAAAACCAUGUGGUGGGAGCUGACAAAACUUUCGCUCUAGCAGUGCUGAAAAGAGCCAAGAAGAGCAAGAAUGACCUCAUCAAUGCAGAAGAAGGCGAGGACCACUUCACUGACAUCUCAUCUGUUGCCCCCCAAGGGUCGCCAUUCGCCAGGGCCAGCGUGAAGGGCAAGACCGAGAACUCGUCUUACUUCAGGAGGAAAGAGAAGAGGAUUCGCUUCACCAUCCGCCGUCUGGUCAAGUCUCAGAGCUUCUACUGGACCGUGUUGUGUCUGGUCAGCCUCAACACGUUAUGUGUAGCUAUCGUACACUACGACCAGCCGGUUUGGCUCACCUAUGCACUGUACCUGGCUGAGUUUGUAUUCCUGGGCCUGUUUUUGGCAGAAAUGUCCAUGAAAAUGUACGGCCUUGGACCCCAGAACUACUUCCAUUCCUCAUUCAACUGUUUUGACUUUGGGGUGAUUAUUGGCAGUAUUUUUGAGGUGGUCUGGGCUGCCAUCAAACCGGGGGCCUCAUUUGGGAUCAGUGUCCUCCGAGCUCUGAGACUGCUCAGGAUCUUCAAAGUCACCAAGUACUGGAACUCUUUGAGAAACCUGGUUGUAUCUCUACUCAACUCCAUGAAGUCCAUCAUCAGCCUGCUGUUCCUCCUCUUCCUCUUCAUUGUGGUCUUUGCUCUGCUGGGCAUGCAGCUGUUUGGUGGACAGUUUAAUUUUGAAGACGAAACGCCGACAACCAACUUUGACACGUUCCCAGCAGCAAUUCUCACCGUCUUCCAGAUCUUGACCGGAGAGGACUGGAACGCAGUCAUGUAUCACGGGAUCGAAUCACACGGCGGAGUCCACGGAGGAAUGUUCUCCUCCAUUUAUUUCAUCGUGCUCACCCUCUUUGGAAACUAUACGCUCCUCAACGUCUUCUUGGCCAUUGCUGUCGAUAACCUUGCAAAUGCCCAGGAGCUCACUAAGGAUGAAGAGGAGCAAGAGGAGGCCAUCAAUAAGAAGCUGGCCCUCCAGAAAGCCAAGGAGGUAAAGGAGGUCAGCCCCAUGUCGGCCGCUAACAUGUCCAUCACAGCUUUUCUAACACGCAGUCGAGGUAACGCGCACUCUAGCAGCUCAUCCAUCUGCAGCGUUAACUCACUUAAGGAGCAGCAGAAGUCCAUGAAGACGAUGUCAGUGUGGGAGCAGAGGGCCAACCAGCUGAGAAGGCAGAACCGAGCAAGCUGUGAGGCCCUCUACAGUGAGCUGGAGCCCGAGGAACGUCUGCGCCUGUCCACAGCGCUCCACAUCCGGCCAGACAUGAAGACCCACCUUGACCGUCCACUUGUUGUUGAGCCCCGGGAUGGUCCUUUGCUCGGCGGCCACCAGCACCACCAUCACAAGUCCUGCAUACCAGAUGAAGACGAGACCGCCACCGACCCUCCUCCUCCUCUGCCUCCCCAGCCCCGCCGCCGCCACCACCACAGAGACAGGGACCGAACCAGAACCAGGGAGGAGACGAAUAACAACGGUGAAACCAGUAAGGAGGGCAGGCACCAUGUCCAUCACAGCCGCUCCAAAGAUCACAAUGGCAGCAGGGGCAAAGAGGAGAAGAGCGAGAGGUCCCGGAGCCAGGAGGGAGGCAGGAGGCAUCACCAUCAGAGCUCGGUGGAUGACAGUGGAGGUGGAGGAGUCACGAACGAAAGAGAGCAUCGGCAUCAUCAUUCACACCGGCAGUCUCAAGAGGGCAAUGGGACAGUGAACAGUGGAGGGCGGGGAGAGCGAAGAUCCCACCACAAAGAUGGACGUUCAUUUAACAGGGAUGGGGAUAGGAAUUCCAGAGGAGAUGGUGGGGCCAAUGGAGAGAGGAGGAGACAUCGGACCCAUGGAUCCAGGGGCCAAUCCACAGCUGAAGGAGAGGAAUCCAAUGACAGAGAGAAAACGCACUGUCAUAGGGACAGGUUUGGUGACUCAGAGGGGGAGUCUCUAGCCAUCUCCCCCCAGAAGGGCUCUGUGGAGCCCAACUGGCCUCUUGACCAACCUGAGGACUCAGACAACCAGAGGAACGUCAGACGAACUGGCCAAACCUCUAUCCAAAUUCCUCCUGUGACCAUCACAUCCCCACCUGGAGAGACCACACUUAUACAAUUGAACAGUAUUGACUGUGAGACAAUGCCUAUGAAUGAGAAGACCUUGGAGGAUCUCAGUCAGAGUGGACCCAAACCCAUCCUGCCUUACAGUUCCAUGUUCAUGUUUGGACAGGCCAAUCCGGUGAGGCGGUUAUGUCACUAUAUUGUGACUAUGCGUUAUUUUGAGAUGUCCAUCCUGGUUGUCAUUGCCAUGAGCAGUAUCGCUUUGGCAGCAGAGGAUCCUGUCUGGACCAAUGCUCCCCGCAACAAUGUGCUUAAAUAUCUGGACUACGCCUUCACUGGGGUUUUCACUUUCGAAAUGGUGAUUAAGAUGGUGGACCUGGGGCUGCUGCUUCAUCCUGGAGCUUACUUCAGAGACCUGUGGAACAUUUUAGACUUCAUUGUGGUCAGUGGGGCGCUGGUGGCUUUUGCAUUUUCGAGCUUCAUGGGAUCGCAACAAGGUGUGACCAGGGGGACCAAAGGCAAAGACAUCAGCACGAUCAAGUCUCUGAGGGUUCUCCGAGUGCUCCGGCCUCUCAAGACUAUCAAACGCCUGCCAAAACUCAAGGCUGUUUUCGACUGUGUGGUCAACUCCUUGAAGAACGUGCUGAACAUCCUCAUCGUUUACAUCCUCUUCAUGUUCAUCUUUGCCGUCAUCGCUGUUCAGCUCUUCAAGGGGAAAUUCUUCUACUGCACAGAUGAGUCCAAGGGCUUGGAGAAGGACUGCAAAGGGCAAUUUCUAGACUAUGAGAAAGACGAUGUGGAGGCUAAGGCCAGAGAGUGGAGGAAAUAUGAGUUCCAUUAUGACAAUGUGCUGUGGGCCUUCCUGACCCUCUUCACUGUGUCCACCGGGGAGGGCUGGCCAACAGUCUUGAAGCACUCUGUUGAUGCUACCUUUGAAGAUCAGGGUCCCAGUCCAGGCUACCGGAUAGAGAUGUCCAUCUUCUACGUGGUCUACUUCGUGGUCUUCCCUUUUUUCUUUGUCAACAUCUUUGUCGCUUUGAUAAUCAUCACUUUCCAGGAACAGGGUGACAAGGCCUUGUCUGAAUGCAGCUUGGAAAAGAAUGAGAGGGCCUGUAUUGAUUUUGCCAUCAAUGCCAAGCCUCUGACUCGCUACAUGCCAGAGAACACCCAGUCCUUCCAGUACAGGAUGUGGAAGUUUGUGGUCUCACCUCCAUUUGAGUACUCCAUCAUGAUAAUGAUCGCCCUGAACACUGUGGUACUGAUGAUGAAGUUCCAUGGAGCUCCAGACUUCUAUGAAGCCAUGCUGAAGAACCUCAACAUUGUCUUUACAACUCUGUUCUCUCUGGAAUGUAUCCUCAAGAUCAUUGCUUUCGGCCCACUGAACUACCUAAAGGACGCCUGGAAUGUGUUUGACUUUGUGACAGUGUUGGGUAGCAUCACUGACAUCCUGGUCACUGAAAUCAAGACUACGGACAGACUGUUGAACCUGAGCUUCCUGAGGCUGUUCAGAGCCGCUCGGCUCAUCAAGCUGCUGAGGCAGGGUUACACCAUCCGCAUCCUGCUGUGGACCUUUGUACAGUCCUUCAAGGCCCUGCCUUAUGUUUGCCUGCUGAUUGCUAUGCUGUUUUUCAUUUACGCCAUCAUUGGGAUGCAGGUUUUUGGCAACAUUGAUCUGAAUGAGGACACAGCUAUCAAUCACCACAACAACUUCCGCACUUUCCUCCAGGCUCUCAUGCUGCUGUUCAGGAGUGCGACGGGUGAGGCAUGGCACGAGAUCAUGUUAUCAUGUCUGAGUCACCGCGCCUGUGACGAGCGAUCAGGGACUCAUGGAAAGGAGUGCGGCAGUGAUUUUGCCUACUUCUACUUUGUCUCCUUUAUCUUCCUCUGUUCCUUCCUGAUGCUGAACCUGUUUGUGGCCGUCAUAAUGGAUAACUUUGAGUACCUUACUAGAGACUCCUCCAUCCUGGGGCCUCAUCAUCUGGAUGAGUUCAUCAGGGUCUGGGCUGAGUACGACCCAGCGGCGUGCGGACGGAUUUCCUAUAAGGACAUGUACAAUUUGUUACGUAUUAUCUCCCCCCCACUUGGCUUAGGAAAGAACUGCCCUAAUAGGGUAGCAUACAAGCGCCUCGUCAAAAUGAACAUGCCCAUCGCCGACGACAACACUGUCCACUUCACCUCCACCCUGAUGGCCUUGAUCCGCACCGCCCUGGAGAUCAAACUGGCCUCAGGUAUGGUAGCCCAGCGGUUAUCUGACGCUGAGUUAAAGAAGGAGUUGUCCACAGUGUGGCCCAACCUUUCUCAAAAGACCAUGGACCUGCUAGUGACGCCACAUAAACCCAAUGAACUGACAGUAGGGAAGGUUUAUGCGGCCCUGAUGAUCUUUGACUACUACAAGCAGAAUCAAGCGAAGAAGUUGCAGCUGCAGCAGCAGCAGCAACUGAGCGGGACAGGCACACAGUGCAAGGUCCCGGCUCUGUUUAAGCCAUUUCUGACUCACAUGCAGGAGAAAGAUCCGCCUAUGAUGGUAAACAGUGUGGAGCCUCCCAGCAUGCUUCAGGCCCAGCCUAAACCCCAUGCCAAGCCCCAUCCAGAGACCAGACCUAGCUCCAACUCUCUCAACAAUGGAGGCACUCUGCCAGGUCAUGAGCACAACAUUAGGUCUUCAGCUUCCUGGGUGAUAGAGAAACCCAAGGAAGGGCCCCGAGCCAAGCAGAAGAGAAACCUGUCCAGGGGCCCGUCAGAGGACACACCAGACACCGCUGUCAUUCAGGAGUCAGUGGAAAUGAAGAAGAUGGAGACCAGUGCCAGCAGUACAAUUCCAGUUCCUGGUUCAGGUCUGGAGAACCAAGGCAGGGCUGCUUCUAUGCCUCGCCUCAACGCUGAGCUGCAGCGAAGCCACUCGCGGCACUCUCCAGGGAUUCAUCUAGCUUCUGUCCCUGAUGCCAGCCCGAUGAAACGCUCAGCCUCCACUGUGGCCCCACAGCACCCCCAGGAGGUCAACCUGAAGGACUACACCCUGGAGAAACCCAACCAGGACAGACCACACCACCAUCACCACCACCACCGCUGCCACCACCGCAGAGACAGAGAUAAAGACAGAGACAGAGAGAAGAGGCAGAGGUCUUUAGAUACACCUCUGGCUGGACAAGCUCCCGGCUCUGCGGGUGCACCAGGAGAGGCAGUGCCAGAACCAGUUACCUCCAGAGAGCGUGCCCACGACCGUGGACGAUCCCACGAGAGGAAACACCACCACUCGUCAGCGGACAAGCAACGCUAUUACUCCUGCGAUCGCUACUGCAGCCGGGAACACUGCCACACCAAAUCUGCCACCGCCAGCUGUGCCGCCUCCCCCAACGAGGCGCAGGAAACCAGCAACAAGCAGGGCAGUGGUUGGGUUAAAGGCAGCCCAGUGGCACUGAGCUCCAGUUCUAGCACGCCAAGCCGCGGACGUCGGCAGCUCCCCCAGACCCCCCUCACUCCACGGCCCGGGGUAGCCUACAAGACUGCCAAUUCCUCCCCCGUGCACUUUGUGUCCAGCCAGGCCUCUCUGAGUCCUGGCCGGCUGAGUCGCGGCUUGUCAGAGCACAAUGCUCUCCGGCACAGCGGCUCGCGCCACUUCCCCUGCCCCGUUACUCGUAUCAGCUCGGAGCCCUUCCUUGGCCAGGGCCACGGCGAGGCCCUGGGCAGCCCCUAUGGCAGCCUCCGGGACCAGCUGGACGUCUUCCAAGAUGCUGCGUCACUGUCGCCCAGCCCCUGUACCGGACGCUCAUCUCGGACUGCACUGCCUCGCAUGAUGGGAGCUCUGCUUCCCGCUCCACAGCAGAACCUUGGGGUGCCGAACGGGUACCACUUCAGCUUCGGGGGCAGCACCAGCCCAGGCUCUGGCGUCAGGGCACCCAGGUAUUACCAGGAGGCAGAGGAGGAUGAAUGGUGCUAG